GAAAACUACCGCAAGUUCUUCAUCACAAUCCUUGUAUUUCCAGUAUGUAUCCUUCUCAAAAUGAUGCUCACACAUACACAACUGACGGGCAUCCAGGGCCAGUCCCAGUUUCAGGAAUUCCAAACCCCAGUCCAACACAACCCUAUCCUCAUCCUCAAGCUCCAUAUAUCUCCUCCGGCGUGCGGGUUCGUGUACCGGGGAAAUGGUCUACUGGUCUUUGCCAUUGUUGCGAUGAUGUAGCCAAUUGUUUUGUCACUUGCUUUUGUCCUUGUAUAACGUUUGGACAGAUUGCCGAGAUAGUGAGUAAAGGGUCAUCCCCUUGUGCUGCGAGUGGUGCACUUUAUGGACUAUUGGCUAUGACUGGAUUUGCCUGCUUGUAUUCAUGCUCCUUUCGCUCAACUAUGAGGGCUCAAUACGACUUGGCAGAGUCACCCUGUGUGGAUUGUUUAGUGCACUUCUUCUGUGAAGCUUGUGCACUGUGCCAAGAAUACAGAGAACUCCAAGAACGCGGCUUUGACAUGGGAAUAGGUAAAAAUACUCUUCAUCUAAUCACUCAUAGCUCGUAAUUUCAUAUUCCACUGGUUCUUGAACAUAUAUAUACAAUAUUAACCUCUCUCUAUAUUUAUGGUUUUUGCUGCGAGUUACA